AUGGAGUACGACGAAGGCCCUGAAAGGAAGCGCAACUAUGAUUGGCAAACGGUGGUGCUUAGUGAUCAGGACAGCUACAUCCGUAGUUUGCCAAGUCAGACUUUACCCCGAGGGUAUUUGGAGUCGCUAAGAGCACUGGCGAUGGAUUUCGCUUCGGUGGGAGAACUCAUUGUUCGUGUAAAGGAGACACGAAACCGCAUUAAUCGGCAGUCACGGGAGAACCUGAAAGGUGUGACGAUGAUACCUAACCAGUAUGCGGCCGUGAAGGUCAUGUCACUGUUCCCAGCCCAAAACUGGGGGAAACAUGUGGAUUACAGCAACGAGGGGUUCCAUCUGGAUAAGGUCGAAGCGGAGCGAGUGCUACUACUGUGA